GCCCAGCACAAAAGGCAGACAAGAUGCAACUCCUUCUCUGAUGUAGUUCAACCGAAGAUGACUACGUUUUCCUCUGCUGACUUUUAAGGGACUUCAGUCUGUCUGACCUAAAUUAGACAGAAAGAGGCAGAAUUCUUCAAUUUCUGGCAGGACAGUAACUUCUGCAGCUGCGGACAACGACGCACUUCUCACAUAUUUUCUCUCUUGACAUCGUCAAACUCCACUCUUGAUGGUCUAUGAUAAAUGGUAUCUUGCACUUCUUGAAUUUCCACAUUUUCAAAACGUUUCCUCAUUAAACAUACACUGUCAUGAGGCCAAACAAAUGUCAAACAACAACAAAAAACAAAAACAAAAAAAACCCAGCUCUUUGUUCACUGACAUGCAAAAACAAGUUUGGCAGCUUUCCAUUUGAGUAAAUCUUUAUUGAAAGUCAGACAGACGUCGAACAGAGAGUCUUUAGGGCUGAUACUGGCUGGCUGAAUGAAGACUGGAUACAGAAUGGAAAGUAAAGGUGGUCUAAAUACAGUAUAUAGCAUAUGUGCAAUAAUGAAAAGUAUACAUAUGUAUACACAGUGAUUGAGAGGAUUACUCCAGCUUUCUUUUGUGCAGGACACACCUACAGUACAUAAAGUGCAUGACGAACACAUGACCAGCAUUACAGCAACACUAGUGUGGGAGAGUAGUCAGACAGCUGCUGGGGAGUGACGGAUGAUCAGCAAACAUGUCUUUAAAACUACAAGGUAAUAUUUUAGUGACUGGGACCAACAGAGGCAUUGGUUUGGAGCUGGUCAGACAACUGGCAGAAAGGACAGGAGAGCAGGCGCACAUUUAUGCCUGCUGCAGAGCACCUGAGGGAACUGGGGCUGGGGCCCUGAGAGACCUCAUCACUCAAUACCCUGGAAAGAUCACUAUAAUCAAACUUGACAUGUCAGAUGAGGACAGUAUCUCAGCUGCUGUCCAGGCUGUGGGUGAGCGGAUCGGGGCUGGUGGGUUGAACCUCCUCAUCAAUAAUGCUGCUAUUAGCAAACCGGCCUUACCAGCACCAUUAUCUGCCACUGAGAAAAAAGACAUGAUGGAAGUGUAUGAAACUAAUGUGGUUGGACCAUUUCUUAUUGCAAAGAUGUUCCUUCCACUCCUCCAGACAGCAGCAGAGAUGGACUCACCUGAAAAAGAUGAGGGUGAUAAAAUGUCCUGCAGGAGGUCGGCCAUCAUCAACAUCUCCACAAACGUCUCAUCCAUGGAGAAAUUACCAGAAACCUUUCCUAUAGCACAGAUGUACCCGUACAGGGCCAGCAAGGCAGCAUUGAACAUGCUGACUCGCUGUGAAGCUGAGGACUUCAAGAAUUACAACAUACUGGUGACGGCAAUCCACCCUGGCUGGGUUCGCACUGAGAUGGGAGGAGACAAGGCUCCUAUGACCACCCAAGAAAGUGCACAUGGCCUGCUCAAUGUGAUGUCAUCACUCAGCAGCAAAGAUUCUGGGAUGCUUCUGGACUGGCAGGGUACCAGGAUCCCCUGGUAGCCUUGUCACCCACACCAGGUCUACCACACCUGUCAUUAUUGCAUAUUAAUAACAAAGGCAGUAUGAUACUGCCAGUUAUAGCUUUUUGUAAUUGCAAACAUCCUUUUAUCUAAUCUGUGGACACAUUUUCAAAACUUUAAAUACAAUGAGCAUAACGGCCAUCUGUUGUUAACCAUUAACGCUGUUAAUGAUUGACAUGCUGAUUAAAAUGCUUAAUUUCUCAUUACACACAGGUUCAUUUAAUAUGAAAAUAUGGAUCUGUCCUUUCUUAUUUUGCAAGUGCCGGCACAUAACGUGCCAGAAAUAAAAAAACAGAUGUACCAAAAUGUAGUAUAAAGCUUCUACCUUUGCAACAGAAGAAGUCUAAAGGCUAUAUUGAAUCAGUGGAUAAGCAUUUACACAUGAACAGAUGAUUAAAAAAUUAAAAGAGA